AAUGGCCUACCAGGAGAGGAACUACCUAGCAGGAAAGGAACUACCUACCAGGAGAGGAAUUACCUACCAAGAGAGGAAUUACCUACCGGGAGAGUAUUUACCUACCAGGAGAAGAAUUACCUACCGGGAGAGGAAUUACCUACCAGGAGAGGAAUUACCCACCAGGAGAGGAAUUACCUACCAGGAGAGUAUUUACCUACCAGGAGAGGAAUUAUCUACUAGGAGAGGAAUUACCUACCGGGAAAGGAAUUACUUACCGGGAGAGGAAAUACCUACCAGGAGAGGAAUUAUCUACCAGGAGAGGAAUUAUCUACUAGGAGAGGAAUUACCUACCGGGAGAGGAAUCACUUACUGGGAGAGGAAUUACCUACCAGGAGAGGAAUUACUUACCAGGAGAGGAAUGCCUACCGGGAGAGGAAUUACCUACCAAGAGAGGAAAUACCUACAAGUGGAGGAAUUACAUACCAGGAGAGGAAUUACUUAG